GAUUAUACUUGGGAAAAGGGAAGUGCAAAUUGAACUCCUACAAUUUUCUUGAAAAACCCGAAUACCUCCCGCAUCCAUGGAGCUAUCAGAUGUAGGUGAACGAGUUUUUGCAGCGGAAUGUAUACAGAAACGGAGGAUAAGAAAGGGCAAAGUGGAAUACUUCGUUAAGUGGAAAGGCUGGAGCUCAAACCUGAUUGGCCAGAUUCUACAGAAGAUAAGGGUCGACAGAGCAAUGGUUUUGCUUGUUUUUCCGGUGUGGAACACGCAACCGUGGUUCCCAACGUUGCUGCAGAUGGCCAUCGACAUCCCCAGGAUCCUCCCCAGGAGGUCACUCUACUUACCUCGGAACACGCAGUUGUCUCACCCUCUGGAGCCAAAACUUUGCUUAGCGGUUGUAAGACUAUCAGGGAAGCCUUCACUAUCCGAGGACUUUCGCAAGACGUUACCAAGGUACAAUACUUGGGAACCGGAAAGCAACAUUCUGGACGAACGAUUAUUGGAGGCUUUCAAAACGAGCCAGUUAGUCCAAGGCUAUACUGGUGCUAAAAGGGGUCCAAAGCCCAAACGACCACGCUUAGAGAUUUCUCCAAAGAUUCGGUCAGAUAAGGGAACAGAACUUGAACUUAGUGAGACCGUCAAUGAAGAAGUCGAUGUUGUUGGUUCUGGUGAUGACUCACUACCACUAAACGUCGGAGAGUAUGAUAGCUUACAGAUAGAUUCUGAGGGGGAUAGCAGCACGACCAAUGUAGGUGACAAGGAUGAGAAUUCGGGGUUAACUGUGUGUGACCUAGAACAAAGGGAGACCAUGGAGGAGGCUUACAGGCUAGUGGUCCCAAAACCACCACCACCACCACCACCACCGGCGAUGCGCACCCUGAAGCUGCAACAGCAACGGGGUCAGCAUGCUCCUCGUCGAGGUCGACCACCGAAAAUAAAGAACAAGCUAAAGCUAGGAAAUGGAUUACGAAAUAUUGUCCUCAAUAGGCAGACAUCUGUGAUAAAGUCAACGGGACUUGUACAGAAAACUUUCGAGGAGAGGGACCUCGGUGAAGAUCCCCUUGUUAUUGAUGAGGGGCCGGAACUUGUAAAAUUAGUAAAAAGUAAACAGCACCCCAGACAUGAUGGAAAUUUUAAUGGAAUCGAUCACCGGGAGGAACCUCCCUCCCACACCAUGAAUAAGUCACUGGAAGACUCCGCUGCGGUACAAUUUUUGGAAAAACAGGGUCUUAAACUUUCGUCUGUAAAAUCAUGUGCUAUGUUCGAGAGUGAUUCGGAAUCUGAUGAUGGACGCAUAUUUUGGCAACCACCGGCUGACAGCGUAAACCUUUGGAAUAAAGUGUUUGUUACUGAUGUUACAGCUAAUAUGAUCACGGUGACAUUUCGGGAAAGCACUACAGAUAAAGGUUUUUUCCGAUCAAGAGAUAGCAAGGAUUGUAAUGACAGUGAGAUGAGUGUUUAGAGUGAAUCCCGCUGAUAUCAUUCACAACUUUGUCUCUGUAUGUAUUCACCCAUGGAUUAAUGGGCAUAAAAAGAUGUAGUCACUGAUGUAUUCAGAUAAUAGACCUACGACUGGUUGGAAUUUAUCAGUUUUAUUUCUGUGCAGUUGUGUUGGAGUAAUGUUUUGAUCCCUGUAUAACAGUUUUGUGUUACUUUUCCACUGUGUAUAAUCAUUCAGGGCUCAGAGCUUGUCCAAAUUUCUUAAAUGGAUCCAUUUAUAAAUACAAUAAGUGGAUAUAUACUGUGCUGCAUGUAGUAUACCAGCUUUUAUGGAAUCGCUCAGUGGAGUAGUGCUUUGUCUUUUUUUUUAUUUAUUGCUCACCAAAUCGGAUAAAAAAAUGUGUGACGUUGGUUUACAUUUUUAUAUAGCUGAAGUUUUAUUUGGAUUAUAUAUCACUCAAGGAUUCAUCUCUAAGUCCAUGUUAUAACAAAUUUUUGAUGCUUCAGUACUGCUUUGGUUGAUUGAGUCGUGGGAGUACGUCGAUUCUGAGGUGCAAGAAUUAUGCCAGUGCCCUGAGCUGCUACCGUCACCGUGGUCUCCAGACAUGACCUUGCAUCUAACAGAUUACGCCAGUUCAGUAUCAAAAGCAGACUGGUCAAAUACACAUUCCAGCGCAAGGCCGAAGCCAGGCACUCGGGAAUAUUCGUGAUGUGCAUUUGAUCUUCUAUUCUACUGAAUAUACCCAUUAGCGCCAAUGCACAACCAAGAUGGGGCACACUCUGCAGACACUAUACUGCCCUGUCAAGAGAAACUGCAGUAUCUGAAAAAUUAUGGUUUUGAGAAAAAGGUUUCUGCGUUGCCCCUUGCUGCAUGAUUUUUGGAGUCUGAAGGUUAUACCUGUAUUACGGUGCAGAAAGGUACCUCUUUUUGGGGAAGUAGAAAUUUGACCCCUAGUUAACCCAAAUGAUAGAUACGGUGGAUACUGCACUUUGACUUGUCACGAGUAGUAAGAACAAUUUAUAGCUGUCAAAUCGAAGUGCAGUGACUGUCCCUUUUUCAUUGACAACACCUUUUAAAACAAAAAUUUAACAGUAAUUCACAUUUUAUUUCAACUGAUAACACCUUUAAAACAGAAAUUUCAUUGAUAACACCUUUAAUGAAUAUAAAACAGAAAUUUCAUAUUUCACAUUUGUGACCGGCUCUGUCAAACCCGGUGUCAUCCCAUUUCGCCUACUCUCAUUUCGCCUACACCCACUUCGCCUACACCUAUUUCGCCUACUCCUAUUUCGCCUACACCCAUUUCGCCUACACCUAUUUCGCCUACUCCCAUUUUGCCUAAUUCCCAUUUUGCCUAAUUCCUAUUUCGCCUAAACCCAUUUCGCCUACUUCCCAUUUUGCCUACUUCCCAUUUCGCCUACUAUGUGCUAUUAAGACAUAUUUCUUAUGCAUUUUUGGACAUUUUAUAGGUCCUGUAUAUGGGUAUGGGGCAGGCGUAUACCUACUACAGGGUGGCGAAAAAAAGUGUCCCUGCCUUUUUGCUGGGCCCAGGUCUGUACCACAUCAAGAAUGGGGACAAUGAAGGUGAUAGCAACAGAGUGUACGGGGUGCUCAGAAGCGUGCUCCCUAUUGUAAAAGGUUAUAGCCAGGCAAUAACAAGUUACUUAUUAAUAAUAAGUAACUUGUUAAAUGGCUGUAUUGUUUAUCUAAAGAGAGCACAAUUAUGCAAAGAAUAAUGCUUUAGAAAUCUCAUUUAUCUUCACCUUAACUGCUAGAAUUUGAAACUAUUUCUAUUGGACCCCACCUUUUCUUAGCAGACACCCACUUUAAAUAUUUACAAACUAUCCACAAAGUUUUAUAGUACCACUAUCUGGGCAAACCAUACUGCAGCAGGCAAAAUGGGAAGUAGGCGAAAUGGGUUUAGGCAAAAUGAGAAGUAGGUAAAAUUGGUUGUAGGCGAAAUGGGAAUUAGGUGAAAUGGGAGUAGGCGAAAUGGGUUGUAGGCGAAAUGACCACAUUUUGUAGGCGAAAUGGGAGUAGGCGAAAUGUACCGUAACAGUCAAACCCAGCAACUUACAGGUCUCAUAUUUGACACUUUCAGUUAGUUGUGGAUCUGGAAAGAUCAUUUCAGUAGCUUUCAAAUGGUAUAUAAACCACACUGAUAGCUCAGACAUUUUCUAUUUGGGGGCCAGUUGAAGUUCGUGAUUCUAAUGCAUUUUGUAGUCUAUUUUCCAACAAAUACCGGUAGUGCUUUUUCUCACAAUGUUACCUGUUGACAUGCAGCUGGGUUUGACAGAGCCAGUCACAUUUUGUUUCCAGUGAUAAUAUCAAAUCAAACAUCUUCCCUGAUUGCUGUUACCAGCUUUGUUUCCUAAAUCAACUUAACAUCCGUUAUAAACUUUGAUACAUUCAGGUCAGGCGUACUAACAGUUGCUAUAUUAUGUGGUUCUGCGUCCCGAGUCCUUUUUGGCUCACCAGUACGUUGAGUCUAUACGACACCGCAUCCUGUCGUAUCCUAUUUCAAAAAAAGUGGCACGUUUCUUAACCGCUAGGGCUAUGGACUCAAAACUUUGUAUGCAUGACUCCCUAGGUCAGAUGACCUUUGACACUGAAUUUCGGUCCGGUCUGAUUCUUGACUUGGUCACCAUGAGGCCAAAACUGAAAACAUAAAUAGUGUGAUAUCUGUUGAGGUCACAGCAGUCAAAUGGCUUAAAUUGGCCAUAACUGUGGCACAUUUCUUAACCCCUAAGGCUAUGAACUUGAGACUUCGUACAAAGGACCCCCUAGGUCAGGUGACCUCUGACCCUGAAUUUCAGUCCGGUCUGAUUCUCGACUUGGCCACCAGGGGGCCAUAAGUGAAAACCUAGAAAGUGUGAUAUCUCGCUUGUGAUUCGUUUUCAAUAACUAGCAAGGAUACAUCACAUAUUGUAUGAGUUUUUGAUUUGACCUGCUUUUCUAGGUCAUAGAGGUCAAAUGGCGUCAAUUGGUCAUUUGAGUGUAACAAUGGCACGUUUCUUAACCACUAAUGUUAUGAACUUGAAAUUUGGUACACAUAACUCUCUACGUCAUGUAACCUCCGACACUGAAUUUUGAUCUGAUCUGGUACUCAACUUUGCCCCCAGGAGGCCAAAACUAAAUAGGUAAAAAGUGCAAUAUCUCGUUUAUUAGUGACUUAAUUUUGAUGAUAUUCUUUUCAUUAUUGUUAGAAAUUAACUGAACAUUCUGCCUUGAAUGAUGCUAGUAGCUUUGUUUCCUAAAGCAAGGGGAGUGUCCGUUCUGGCAUGUAAGUUUAAAUUGAGGUAUAAGUAUUAUAGUACGUCUUCAUCUAUUUUACUAACCAUGAGCAUUGUGAUACAAGAAUGCCCAAGGAAGUUUCACUUUGAAAUCUGUAAUGUUAUGCUCAGAAAUAUUUCCUAGCUGAACUACUGGUAUCUAUUGAAUCAUUUAUUUUUCAAUCCUUGGGAAAUGUCAACCAAUCAGCUGCAGAACUCUUGGGCAAUGUGUUCAUUGCUCAUAUAACUUAAGUCCUCUGAAUUAUUGUCCACAAUGAGAUCUUCCCAGAACUUCCUUCUUGUUGCAGGCAUCAUUGGACGUUUCUUCACAAUGUCAUUCUUCUUGGUCUCAGGAAUUCCCCUCCCAUCUGGACGGAGUUGACCCUGCAAUUUAAUGCAGAACCUGGGCUUCAGAAAUCUAACUCUACGAAUUCAUCGUCAGUGCGGGCCUUUUUAGCUCAGCUGACAAAGUCAGCGAAGCUGGUAAUGUUACUAAGGGAAUUGUGUCUGUCCUUCCCUCCAUGUCACUUUUGGGCAUUUUGUAACCGAAAGGCCUAGGCACUUCGUUGACGCUGGCGUAACCCUAGAUGAACUCAGAAACCAAAAAUCAGCGCGAUCUGACCUACAUUAGGCGAAUGAGGUCAUCGAGAAGUUUAAACUUCAUUCCUUUAUACCUCGGUCCACAGAGGAAAUAAUGUUUUCACAUCUGGCUGAAUAUUUUUAGCUCAGCUGACAAGCUGAGCUAUUCAUAUGAUUAAAUGGUAGAAUGAAUGUCCGUCUGUCUGUCUGUCUGUCUGUCUGUCUGUCCGUUAAACAGGCACGUUUCAAAACUAUGGCGGAUAGGCGAUAGAUUUUCCCUAUAAGCCAUUUAGACCCUUCAGGACUCCUGAAUAGACCAAGUGUGGGUCCGGCAGGAUUAACAGUUUGGCCACCAGGGGGCAAAAAGCCUAAAUCACAAAACAAUUUGUUGGCGCUUUAUUCAAGCAGAUAGAAGCUUGAAAUAAAGUUGAAAAGGACCGCAUGCAUGUAGGUCUUGAAACUACUAAGAGUAGUUUUGAUUGAUACUACCAGUUGGCAUUACUGAGCCAAAAUCUGUGUUGACCGAGUUUAAGCUUGAUUUGAAUUUCCCGCUCUUGUAUGACUCUGAAGGUUGUGGGUUCCAAUCCCACUUCGGGUCAAUUUUUUUUUUUUUUAAUUUUUACUUUUUUCACUUGUAAAUACAUUUUCUUUACUUUUUUGAAUAAUUUGGUGGGCGGCCAUCUUGGUUUUUUUUUUCUAUUUUAAAGCCUUUGCUGUAUCCAGAGUGACAUGAAUUUUAUGGUUGGUGUACAAUAAGUCUCCUUUACAUGAUAUCACAUGGGCUUUCUAUUUGACCUACUUUUCAAGGUCAGCCUGGCUCAGGCACUUAGAUUUGACUAAUAAGUGGCAUAUUUGUCACCAUUUAAAAGUCUUUUUACUUUGGUAUGUUUGCCUGAUAUAUUGACAAAACUGAGGUUGAAAGAGAUCUAUCGGGUACUUUCCAUGUUCAUAUAUUUCAGCUGAGCGCCAGGCCCUUGGGCCUCUUGUUUGAUAAUUUUUAGCUCAGCUGACAAAGUCAGCAGAGCUAGUCCUAUAGCUAUUUGAUAGGUGCCUGUCCUUCCAUCCUUCCAGCCAUCUGUAGACAAAGUUGGGCAUUUUGUAACCGUAGGACCUAGGCACUUUAAGCUUUAUAUUACCAGUUGGCGGUAGUGAGGAAAAUGUCAUUUCACCAUGUUUUUUUCCUGAUUUGAAUUUCCCGCCCCGAAAUAAACAUACAUUUACACCCCUGCUAGAAUUGGCUGCCAUUAUUGCUGAGUGUGCUCCAACGUAAUGUAUAAUGAAUGGUGACUUUCUAACAUGGAAGCUUGUGGCAGAGGAUUUGGCAGGAGAUCUUGUGUUGGAGAGUGUGCUUUGUUGGGUUCCGAUGAAAGUGGAUUAAAGAUCGAUAUAAAACAA